AUGCAGGCGGCGCUCGCGGCGGCGGCCGCGCUCUGCGGCGUCACCGUGGCGAGGGGCGCGCCGGGUGCCAUCCAGGGGGCCCUGGACGCGAUCACCGGGCAGCGGCCGGGCAGCACGCCCGAGGGCUUCCGGGAGUGCACGGUGUCCUCGGGGGGCUGCGGGGUGUCCCAGAUGCCGCGGGACGUGACCACGCUGGUGUACCCGGGGGGCGCGACCGGGUGCCUCGACCCGGACGCGCCGGAGUACAGGUUCCAGGUGAUCCCCGGAGACCUCGACAAGGUCGUGAUCCAGUUCCAGGGCGGGGGGCUGUGCUGGAGCGACGAGACGUUCCACCUCGGGGUGUGCAUCAUCAGGGCGCUGCCGGACCAGAAGGGCAUCUUCGAGCGGAGGGAGGGCAAUCCGUUCCUCAACUUCACGCUCGUGAACGUCCUGUACUGCAGCGGGGACGCCCACUCGGGGAACGCGAGCGCGCCGUUCGGCCGGCAGGCGGGCCUGGACAACACGCGGGCCGUGCUCGACUGGACCCUCGCGAACUUCCCCGGGGUCGACACCCUGGUUCUGUCUGGCAGCUCGGCCGGCUCCCUGGCGGUGCAGAUCCACGCGCGGCAGAUCCUGACGAGCUACGCGGGCAGGUACAGGUCGGCGGUCGUGCUGGCGGACUCCGCGGCCGGCGUGAGCCCCGCAGGCAUGGAGCCGACCAUCACGAGGCAGUACCUGUGCCAGACGCCCAUGGUGCUCGACGCCGGGUUCGGCGAGCA